GUCAGCUCCUCAACCAUAUAAAGCAUCGCUGCAAGUCAUUGGUCAGUCACCAGACACAGCAGAGACAGUGUUUGCUUCCUUCACCAUUCGCAUCCAAACCGUGUCAAAAUGUGCAAGCUCACUCUAACUGCAGCUCUCUGUUUGAUCAUCGCCAGCUUGGUUUCAGGUUAUGGAAACCCUGGAAUCCCUGGAAACCCUGGAAACCCUGGAAACCCUGGAAACCCUGGAAACUCUGGAAACCCUGGAAACCUCUGCACUGGAAAACCCAAUGGGCAAUACCCCAACCCCAACGACGACAAAUCUUUCCUCUACUGUGUAGCUGGAAAAGAAUUCAUCCGACAAUGCCCAGCAAAUUUGGUCUACAACGCAGCCAUUAGCGUUUGUGCCUUUCCCGAUAGUCCAGUUAACAAGGCAACAUACUGCUAUGGAAGAAAAGAUGGGCAGUACACCAACCCCAAUGACCAACAUUCUUUCCUCAGCUGUGUAGCUGGACUAACCUACAUCCUACAAUGCCCAGCAAAUUUGGUCUAUGUAGAAGCCACAAAUCGCUGUGACUAUCCCCAAUUACAUCACUACUACCAAUAACGUAAUGUGGUAGAUGAAAUGGGCAAUACCCCAACCCCGAUAAUCACCAUUCUUCUCGGAUCAAUCAAAUUCUGUUAAAUGUGCAAUUUCCUGUGUUUCUUCAAUGCCUUUGGAUGUGAGAAAUGUAAUAGUGGUUAAUAUCACAUUAUUUUCUUAACUUCAAUUGUAUUUGUGUAUAAUCACAUUGGGUGCUUUCUCUUUUGUUUAUGUUUAGCCAUUGGUGAAUGGAUUGGUCUUACAUUAUGACACAAAUGUGGCAUAUUGUAAUUAUAUUCAAACAAUGAAUCAAUAAAAUACCACAAAUAUA